UAUUCUAUUAAAACUGUAUCAAUACGACAAGAAUAAUAUUGGUCAACAUCACAACUAAAUGUACAUGUCAGUUUCUUUUAUCUCCGUCCGGCGAGAAACUGCUUAUUCAAUCUAAAAUGUAUAAAUUUUUAUCUAACAAUUUUCGUGUUCUCAAAAACGGAAAAAUCAAUUGUUCUAAAUGGUAUCACAGUGAAAAUGUGUUUGGGUUCAGGAAAAAAGUAAAGGAGGAUUACUUAAUUACUGAAGAUAUUCUUCAAAAUAGGUCCAAGGAAAGCAAUUUUUACAGAUUAGUAACAGCUUAUAGAGAACAUGGUCAUAAAAAAGCUGAAAUUGAUCCAGUUUGUAUCAAGGAACAUAUAAAGCAAUUACCUGAACUGAAUAUAAGUCGGUAUAGUUUAGAAAAUGGAGAUAGGGUUAACACAAAAGGAAUUCUCGAAUGCGACAAAGAUGAGAUAACCGUUCAAGAAGCUGUGAUAAUUUUAGAAAAUUCAUACGCGAAGCAUAUUUCGGCAGAGUUUUCCUAUUUAGAGGAAGAGGAAGAACGGGAAUGGUUCGCCAAAGAAUUCGAAAAAUUGCAGCACAUAACCAUAGACGAUAAGGUAAAAAUCCAGAUGGCUAAGGAAAUGCUGAAAGCCCAAGAAUUCGAUCGGUUUUUGGCGGCGAAAUAUCCAGGCUUGAAAAGGUACGGGGGAGAAGGCGCAGAGGGUAUGAUACCCUUCUUCAUGGAGUUAUUCAGGCUUUCUGCCAAGGAAGGUAUUAGCGAGAUAGUAAGUGGAAUGCCUCACAGAGGAAGGCUCAAUAUACUCACAGGUCUUCUCCAAUAUCCACCCUCUCAAAUUUUCCUUAGGCUGAAGGGCGAGAAGGAUUAUCCAGGCCAUUACCAAGCCACCGGGGAUGUACUCAGCCACAUAAACGCUUCCGUGGAUCUACACUAUGGGAACGAAAAGGUUCAUGUAACGGUAUUGAAGAAUCCUUCACAUCUAGAGGCCGUAAACCCUGUGUCCGUGGGAAAAACCAGGGCGAAGCAAAUGAUGCACAGGGAUGGAGACUACGGCAGAGAUGGACGUUUAAGCGACAAAAUAUUAAACUUGCAGGUGCAUGGUGAUGCAGCUCUCAUGGGACAAGGGGUUAACCAAGAAACCCUGAACAUGAGCCAAACGCCUCAUUUCGAAGUAGGCGGUUCAAUUCACAUGGUAACAAACAAUCAACUUGGAUUCACUACGCCGGCGGAGAGGGGAAGAUCUUCGAGGUAUUGCACAGAUCUAGCCAAGAUGAUCUCAGCCCCUGUUGUGCAUGUUAAUGGUGACCAUCCAGAGUUGGUCUUCAAAGCCACGAAACUUGUGUUUGAUUAUCAGAGAAAGUUUAGAAAGGACGUUUUUCUGGACAUAAACUGUUACAGACAAUGGGGACAUAAUGAAUUGGAUGAUCCAUCAUUCACGAACCCUCUGAUGUAUAAAAUUAUACGUUCGAAAAAAACGGUUCCGGAUUUGUACUCCGAGAAACUGAUCGCUGAUGGUUUGUUGACUGAAGAUGAAAAGAAUGACAUAACAUCCUCCCAUUCCAAAUGGCUGAACGAUUGUUACAAAAGUUGCGAUUCGUUCCAACCACAGGAUCCAUCUUUCAACGGCAAUUGGAAAGACUUCGAGGAAGCCAAGGAUCAAGUAACUGUUUGGGAUACAGGAGUCGACUCAGACGUUUUGACCUUCCUCGGAAUGAAAUCCGUGCAAUAUCCUGACACAUUCAAUAUACAUCCCACUUUGUUGAAGUCCUACGUUAAAAACCGUUUAUCCAAAAUAUCCGAAGGCGCUUAUAUUGAUUGGGCAACAGCAGAAACUCUGGCGUUUGGGUCAUUGUUAUAUGAAGGUUUCAACGUGAGGAUAAGUGGUCAGGACGUGGGUCGAGGAACUUUCUCUCACCGCCAUGUCAUGUUAGUCGAUCAAGAAACUAACGAAUUAUACAUCCCUCUCAAUCAUUUACACAAGGAUCAGCAAGGUUUUUUAGAAAUUGCCAACAGUACCCUAUCGGAAGAAGCUGUGAUCGGUUUUGAAUACGGCUUUAGCUUAGAGUCUCCAAGAAAUCUGUGCAUUUGGGAGGCCCAAUUCGGCGAUUUUUUCAAUGGAGCCCAAAUACCAGUGGACACCUUUGUUACAUGUGGCGAAACUAAAUGGCUCUAUAGCAGUGGACUUACCAUGCUACUUCCCCAUGGUUACGAUGGUGCCGGUCCAGAUCAUAGUUCUGCAAGAAUCGAGAGAAUAUUAUUGCAGACAGAUUCCAAAGAAGACAGGGUAGACGGAGAUAAUGUCAAUUUGCAAGUUUGUCAGCCAAGUACGCCAGCUCAGUAUUUCCACCUACUGAGGAGACAGAUGAUGAGAAACUUCAGGAAGCCUCUGAUUAUAAUAGCCCCAAAAACUUUAUUGAGAUUGGCGGAAGCUACUUCGAGUUUUUCUGAAAUUUCUCCACGUACUUCAUUCAUGCCUGUCAUAGGUGACACAACGUGUGAUCCAGAAAAAGUAACGAAAAUAUUGAUAACUUCCGGUAAACAUUAUUACACCCUCUUGAAUAAAAAACAAGCAAUUAGAGACCAUACCACAGCUUUAAUCAGACUAGAAUCUUUUUGUCCUUUCCCUACAGCGGAGUUAUUGAAAGAAAUAGAAAAAUUCAAAAGGAAUGCAGCGAUAGUUUGGUGCCAAGAAGAACCAAGAAAUAUGGGAGCUUGGUCAUUUGUUAGACCAAGAUUCGAAAACCUCAUAGGCAGAAAGAUUUUCUACUGUGGAAGAGAAGUUUCAGCCGCUUCAGCUGUAGGAGUCACUAAGUUACAUCACAAAGAAGUCAUGGAUAUUGAAACGAAACCAUUUACAUAUAAUUUUAACUGAUUUUUCUCUAUUAUACACUUGUUUCAUGAAAAA